AUGCUACUAUGUGAUGAACAAUGGUUGCAUGGAGGAGAAAAUUCCUUUUUCGAGAGACCUGAUGAGGCUAUGAAGAGUCAUCUUAAGCCUCUCUUUAUUGUUGGGAAGAUCGAAGAUGUCCCCAUUAAUAAAAUCUUAGUGGACUGCAGCGCAACAGUGAAUUUGAUACCGCAUCAUAUGUUGAGAAAAAUUGGCAAGUACGAUACAGAUGUCAAACCCCAUAAUAUGGUGCUUUCCAAUUAUGAGGGAAAGGUUGGUUCCACUCUUGGUGUAAUCCAGGUCGAGUUAACUUUAGAAACUGUCACCAGAUCCACAAUGUUUAUGAUUAUGGAGACGAAGGCCAACUAUAACCUUUUACUUGGAAGAGAAUGGAUACAUGGGGUUGGGGUUGGGCCAUCCUUAAUGCACCAACGAAUCAUCAUAUGGCGUCCAGAUGGUAUUGUGGAGAAUAUAGAAGCAGACCAAGGUUACUUCAACACUUCUAUCAAGCAUAUCGACAGACUCUAG